GACUCUACCCCUCCCCCUCCCCGCAGGCCGGGGGUCCAGGCUCCUCCCUCCGAACAGUCGGUGUCCGGUGGCUGCGUGCGGGUGUGUUGCAUUGAUCGCGUGCCGGAGUCUGCGCCAGCCGUCUGGAGCCUGCGCCAGCUGUCGUCAUGUCGGUGAUCAAGGAGCACAGCGAUAACGCUGGCCCGCUGCAGCGGUACCUGGCAGAGCACAUGACGCCGCUGAAUCCACACCUCGUCAAGCUACGUGACGCCAGCCUGCAGGACGCGAACCACUUCAUGCUGAGCGCCUGCGACGAGAUGAACUUCCUGCAGAUGCUGCUGACGACGCUCGGCGCCAAGAAGACACUCGACAUCGGGGUGUACACGGGCUACAGCGCCCUGGCGGCCGCUCUCGUGCUGCCACCUGACGGCAAAGUUACUGCCUGUGACAUCACAGACAAGUGGGUGAACAAGUACGGACGCCCAGUGUGGCAAGAGGCCGGUGUGGAGAGCAAAAUCGACCUGAGGAUCGCCCCAGCCACCGAAACUCUUCAGGCGCUGAUUAACGGAGGCGAGGCUGGCACCUUCGACUACGCCUUCAUCGACGCCGACAAGCCCAACUACCCCAACUACUACGAGUUGGCGCUGCAGCUGCUGCGUGUCAGCGGCAUCCUGGUCGUCGACAAUGCCCUCUGGGGCGGCAGGGUGCUGGGGGAUGAGGACGCCAUGGACAGCGACACGCGCGCCAUCAAUGAGCUGAACAAACGGGCCUCCUCAGACCCGCGAGUCCACGCCAGCCUGUUGAACGUUGGCGAUGGCGUGCUGUUUUGCCGACGCGUCAAAUAAGGCGUCGGCAGUGAUGCCAGUAACGAGCAGCGGCGGAGUUCGGAGCAGGAGGGUCAGCUGUCCGCCCUUAGCUGCGGGAAAUUUGGCAUGGAUCGUACACGAAUGCAUUUAAAGGAAAAAAACGUUACAAGCUGUCUUCCAGAUGACCUGCUAGCUUUUGUAUUUAAGUUUUGUUAAAUACACGA